UUUUUUCUCUCCCCUCGAAAAAUGAGGGUUUAGGCGAUUUCGAAAAACCCAAACCUAGAUUUUAAAACAAAGUUUUCUGCCCAAAUUCUCAACCAAAAUCCAUGAUUAUUUUUGUUCAUGAUCCUCCUUCCUCUCAGCUACGUGAUUGAGAUUAUUGUGUGGGUGAUUGUUUGUUUGAGAGUUGUGUUUUAGAUGGGUACAGAGAUGGUGUAUUUUCCACCAUUGAAAUCGAAUCCUCAGCCACUGUUAAUGGAUCUUUAAUUGUAAGGGAGGGAGCAAUGGCAGUUUCGGGGGGUAACAUCAGCGAUCCUGCUUUACCUGGGAUUGGUGAAAGGGGGGAAAUAAAAACCCUAACAAUUAGAGAAACCUUUUUCCCAAUCCAAGACCAAUAAUUCCUAAACCAAAUAUGAAAUUUACCGCACCAGUUGAGGUUGAUGGAAAAUUUGGUGGUCUCUUCUCAUUCAGAGAAUCUCCCUCCAGGUAUGAAGAAUUGUGAAGACCUAGUAGUGUUUUUUUUUUUGUCUGGAAACGUUUAUCCUUUUCUGGUGUAAAAUUGGCUAUGAGCAAGAUGUGGAAACUAAAAGCAUAGGUGAGUAUCAAGUUUCAUGGUGAUUGUGCUUUCAUUUUUAAGUUUUAUGAUGCAGAAGAUCGUAUGAAAGUUCUUGAAUCUGGUUCAUUCUAUAUCACCAAGAGUCUUUUCACUUUGAGACCAUGGACCCAUUUGAUUGAAAAAUCUAUUUCUGAUAUCAAAACUAUUCCAAUUUGGGUCCUUAGAUAUGGAGUUCCACUACAUAUAUGGAACGAGGAUGGGUUAAGUUUGAUUGCUAGCUAUCUUGUGGAGUAUCAAUGAAAUCCUCAGAAAUGCGAAAAAUGUAUGGUAUUUGGACAUUCGGUAAAGAACUGCUCAACGAAAGUGAAGUCUAGGCGGACGUCAACGAAAGAUACUCAAUUGAGAUAUAAGACAGGGGAAGUGAAUGGAGGGGAUGUUGGUUCAUCUCAAGAAGCACAUGAUGAGGUAACUGAUGAAGAAAUUGUUAACAUCCCUUCAUUAUCCAUGAAUGCAACUGAGCAUAUCUCAACAACAACUUCAACAGGAAUGGGGACAGUUAUGUGGAUUAAUGAGGAGACUACUGCUCAGAGUGACGGAGUUAUGGGAUCAGCGAUAAAGUCUUCAGAUGCUGCAGACAAGGGAUGAAGUAGUCUCAAGCAAACAUCUUCAGUAGGAGACACGGGUGUUUUUGAAAGACAAAGUCCUUCUGCAAAUCCAACAAGUUUCAGUUGGGCUAGGAGUGAUAUGGCAGCAAAGAACCUGGUCAAGGAUGUAAGUGAGGGGCAUAAGAAGGAUGGUGGUGUAGCAAAAUCAAGUGUAAAGAGCCCAAUUAAGUGUGCCACAAGGAUUAAUUCUAAACAAGAAACUCCAACACCUAAGAUUUCUGAUGGGCAGCAUAUGAGAAAUGAUUUGGAUGCUCUGAACCUUGGCAAGAAUGCUAGUGGGGGUCAAAAGAAGAUUGAGAAUGCAACACCAAAGCAUAAUCCUUUUCUCAUGCGUAGUGAUUUUCCCUUCGGGUCGCAGAGCCGAUUUCCAAUAGAUAGUAGGAAGGUAGAUUCAAGUGAAAUUGCAAGAAAACAAGGUGUUAAAGCUGAGAAUCCAAAUGCUAGUGACAGUAAGGGGACCUGGAACAUAGCUGCUAGAAUGAAAUCCUCCGCUAGAAAUGAUUCAAUUGUUAGGGAAAGUUUUUCCAAGAAUGCAGAUGGUAGUAUAGUGGUUAGGAGCAAUGCUUCUUCUGUAAAGGUGAGUACCAAUAACUCCUUCAGAAGUUUCAGCAAUGAGCCCGCCCCUUCUCCUCGGGAAGAUGCUUAUAUUGAAGAGAGUGACGAGGAUAGUGAGGGGCUUAUAGAUUCAGAUCCCGACAUAAAACCUCAUAUGUUGGAGUUCGAAGCUGUCAGGAAAACAGAGAAAGAGCUUUCUAGACUCAAAUGGAAUGGUCAGUCUCUAAAUAAAGGAAACAAUGAGCUUCUGGGUAAAGGCCAACGAUCUAUUGCCAGGAAGCAUAAGUAGUUUUGUUUUAGCUUUCUUGAUCGGCUAAUGCAGUUUUUUUUCUUGUUGGGUGGCUGGGGAUUAGACUUUUGCCUUCCUUUGGUUUGUUUUACUUUGCUUUUGGGGACUCGUCUAGGCGCUUUUCAACUGGUUUGAAGAUAUCUUCUCAACGCUUGUCGUUUCGUUUGUUUUUUCUUUAUAUUACUGCUAGUCAGCUUGUCUUAGGGUAGACUUUUUAGUCGCCCGAUAUACAUCGCUUAGGCGUUUUUCAUCUUGUUUUCUUUUUCUUUUUCUUUUUAUCAAUAAGAUUUUAACCUUUUUAAGUUAAAAAAAAAACGAAACACGAGCACAUAACUUUGUGGUGUGGAUUGUGCUGGGCCGACAAGUUUUACAAACAGGUUAUAAACUUUUUGCUACAUUAUUUUCACCAAAUUAUAUUUAGGAUUCCAUUGGCACCCCCAAGGUCCCCCAAACUACAUACUUUCACCAAACAACAGCAACUAAUUUCCCGUUGAUGUAACAAUUCCCUUCCUUAUCUAUCUUCUUCUUAUCUUAUUUCAUCCAAUCAAUCACUCCAACAUUGACAGCAUCCCACUAAACAUGAAUAUCAGCAGCCUUUUAUGAACCAAAUAGCACAUCCCAACAUCAUAGGGCGGUAAAAGAAGGUCAACCAAUUUCUCAUCCACCAACACACACACAGCAGCAACCAAAUCUGGUGUUCCCAUCCAGACAAAGUUUUCAAUGCGUAAAUUGUAACGUUUUGACACACACGAGGGGGGGCACUUACUCUCUUUCCUUUUGGGGUUUUACCAAAAAAUAGAAGAAGAAGAAGAAAAAAGCUUGAUUACUCAACCCUCCCCCCCUAUGGGCUAUGGCCGUCUAAUCUUCUUCCCUCUUUAACACGAAGCAGAUUCAUCACAGACAAAGAGAGACCCUUUUUUGCAAGCUCACUUUUCUAUAUACCCCAUCCAAAUUCAGCUUCUCCUCCUCCGAAAAGGAGGAUUCUGGUGGUGGUGGUGAGGCAUAAUUUAUAAUUUGAUAGAUUAUGUCGAAAAAUGAAUCAGGUGGUAGUAGCCCAGGUUGGACUGCAGCGUUUUUUAUGCAGACAACAGAAGAUGUUGCAAGAGCUGUUGUAGCUGCAGCUACUGGUGCCAAUAACCCUGUUCAUUCGCCACGCCCGUCCGUUGUUUUUUCGUCUAAAGAUGAUAGUAAUAGCCAACUACAGAAAUUACAGCGGCAGGUUACGAAAGUGUUAAAGGGAUGGUCACCACCUGCGGAAGUCAAAAGAGUUACUUACAAUCCUGAGGUGUUAACUAGCUUGAAACGACAAUGGGCAAGGUUUCAGUCGCUGUCAUUGGAUCAUAAGUCGAUAAAGGAGCCCACCAAGCUUUUCGAGAGUAUGGUAGUUGUUGGACUUCAUCCUAACACUGAUGUUCAGACACUACAAAACAUGAUAUUAGCCAGAAAAUCUGAAGGGUCGGGUAAAUUGCGAAGUGCUUUGGGUUGCAAUCAUUCAGCGCGUGUUGAACCAAACCUUGAACCACAGAUUUUGUUUGUAUACCCUCCAGAAAAACAGCUGCCGCUCAAAUAUAAGGAUCUUGUAUCCUUCUGCUUUCCAGGAGGUCUGGAGGUUCAUGCUGUUGAAAGAACACCUUCAAUGAGUGAGUUGAGUGAAAUUCUCCUUGGACAGGAACAUUUCAAACAAAGUGAUCUAUCCUUCGUAUUCCGUUUACAGGUGGCAGAUGAUUCAACUUUAUAUGGAUGCUGUAUGCUCGUUGAAGAAAUUGUACAAAAACCUUCAGGACUGAUUUCAAUGAUCUCAGAUAAACAACCUACCAGAUCGUCGGCUGGUCGUCAGAUUUUGACCACAAAGCGAUGUUACUGCAUCCUCACGCGUCUUCCUUUCUUUGAUUUACAUUUUGGUAUAUUGAAUAGCAUGUUCACUCAAGAGAGGUUGGAAUGGCUAACAAAAGGCUUUAGCGUGUUAGAUUUGGGUUUGCCAGAGGUAUAUAACAAGGAAGGAGAUUCACAAGAGAAAUGUGAGAGUAUUUUGUCACAGCAUGACUGUGAAGAGAGUAUAAUCAUCACAUCUUCUGAAAUAAGCACAGAUGGUUCUACGCCUAGGAGCGACUAUGAGAGCCAAGUGGGAGAGUUUGAUACACCAAGGCAAGCGAAUGGUCAUAAUGUGGUUCUUCCAAACAAUUCUGAAAUAGAACAACUCACACCUCAAAGGGAAUCUAGCGAUGCUCAUAACAUUGGCAUUGAUGAACUCUCUGCGAGAAAGCUACCCAUUGAAAAGAGGUUACCUGAUGCGGUUCUUCCUCUGUUGCGGUAUCAUCAGUAUGAAAGCUCUGAAUCUUCUUCCAGUUUUCAGGGUUCACCAUGCGACGACAGGAUUUUUAGGGGUUGUGCAGAUGAAGCGGAUACAGAGGAAGCUUCUUCCUCUGGCCAGGAAGAUUCCAGUGAUUACAACGAAGUUCUUGAAUGGGCCAAGGCAAACAAUCAUGGAUCAUUACAAAUAAUAUGUGAAUAUCACCGACUGCGUUGCCCUGCCCGAGGAACAACGCUUCUAUUUCGACCCUUGGACCAUCUGCAUCCUCUGGAGUUCCACAGGCAUGGUGGAUCAGUUUUUAGUAUUGCUGGCUCAACCAUUGACUUAAGAUCUUGCAAUACUAGUUUGGAAGUUGCUGAGGCACAAACUGCCCGCUCAUCGGAGGAGGAGGCAUCCGCCUUAUCCAUAUGGGCAGUUGCAUGCAUAUGUGGCUCCUUGCGACUUGAUAAUGUGUUAACCAUGUUUGCUGCGGCGCUCUUGGAGAAGCAAAUUGUGGUUGUUUGCUCUAAUUUGGGAAUCUUGUCUGCCUUAGUUUUGUCAAUUAUUCCACUAAUCCAACCCUUCCGGUGGCAGAGCCUUCUAAUGCCGGUUCUGCCUAAUGACAUGCUGGACUUCUUGGAUGCUCCUGUCCCGUACAUAGUAGGUGUAAAAAACAAAACCUCUGAAGUCAUGACGAGGUUGUCAAAUGGCAUUCUGGUUGAUGCUAACAAGAACCAGGUACAAUCACCCACAAUGCCACAAUUGCCCAAGCAAAAAGAGUUAAUUUCAUCUUUAAGUCCAUACCACGCAAAGCUUGUCGGGGAAAGUUAUUUAGCAAAAAGAAGGCCAGUGUAUGAAUGCACCGAAGUCCAGACUGUAGCUGCCAAAGGCUUCCUGUCAGUGCUAAGAUCGUAUAUGGAUUCUCUUUGCUCAAAUUUGCGGUCUCAUACAAUCACUAACGUUCAGUCCAAUGAUGAUAAGGUAUCUUUACUCUUAAAAGAGAGUUUUAUCGAAUCAUUCCCAAGGCGCGAUAGGCCAUUUAUGAAGCUUUUUGUGGACACACAGCUCUUCUCUGUACAUACAGAUCUUGUACUCUCGUUCUAUCAAAAGGAUUAGUGUCAUCACCAUAGGUAUAGAUUUGCUGGUAUCAAAGUAGAAAAAGAAAAGUAAAUUAUACUUUAAGAUCCAGCUUUGUAAAAUUUAUAAUACUUCGCUAUAGUCUGUGUUAGGUUUUAUUUACCAGUGUAAUAGAAAUGUUGUGUUUUUGUGUUGUGGGUCUGCUCAUUGUAAAAUAAUUUAGUUACAAAUGUAUGUACUUCUUCAUACCUCUGUGUAAACAACUUUGCCUAGGUAGGUUUUUUUGAAUACAAAGAGGAAACUACUUGUGAAA